AUAAAAGUCGUGGACGAGGUUGGCCUCGUCAUUCCCGUCUGCUCGCGUUAGGAUGCCUUAUCUCAGGAUGCGUAGGUGCGACGGUCGUCAAAUGCCAACUUUUAGGUCGUGGACGCGUUCGCCCUUCGCGAAGACCACAAGGUACGGUGAGCGGGGGAAUGGCGGACGUAUGGUGAAGACGUUUUUGACGGAAAAGAAGUUGGAUGGUUUCAAUAUUCCUCAGUAUCCCAAUGUAGGUUCAGGAGAGCUGAAAUUCAACCUAGGUGAAUUGUUGGGUAAUGAGAAGUUUCAUACGUAUGGAAGCCUCCUGCGCGUGAAGAGUGUGACUGUGCAUGUUGCGCCUACUAAUGUUACUGGUGGUACGAGUGUCGAUUAUGCGCUAAUCCCGAAGAGGAGUAUCAGUGCUAUAAGUUAUGCGAAGGAUAGUGCAUUUGACGAGAGUGGUGUAGUGAUGAAGACCAUGUUUUUUGCAAAGAAGAACGCCAAUGAUACCGGAUAUAAUCCUCGUAAUCAGAUCCAGUGUGUGUUUCCUUAUCCGAAGGUGCCUGUGAAGAAGGUGCAUUCGUUGUCUUCUACGUUGAAAUCUACGAAAGACGGUGUUAACGUGGAUGGCAAUAUUUCCUAGAUUUCUACUGAUAUGCCAACUUUUGCGACCGUAGAAUAUGAACCGUUUGUCAUAUCUUGUAGAGGCAUGCCCGGGCAGAAAGGAUAUGAUCCUGCUAAUAUUAUAACUUGGUUUGAGGUUACGAUUGAGUUCGAUGGUCGCAAGCCUCGUAAGCGUAGAUAGUGGAUAUUGAUUGCAUUGGAUGUAUUAGUUAGUAUGAUAUGUUUAAAUAUAGUAUGGAAUGUCAGCAAAUACCGUGUACGUGUGUG